CAGCACAGAUCCAACAGGGAUUGCUGGAAGCUCCUGCAUCAUGACUUCUGAAACAACUGGACUAACUACAAUAGUGAAGACGGAGGGAACAAAAGCUGCUGCUGCUCAUCCAGCUCCAGUGAAAGGAGAGUGGAAGUGCCCUGUGAGUGAUCAUCACGUUCAUAGAGAAGAUGUGAGAAAGAUUUGGAAGGAAUGCCAAGAGGAAAGCUUCUGGUACAGAGCUCUUCCCUUCUCUCUGGGCAGCAUGGCUGUCACUGGUGGUCUGAUCUACAAUGGUAUUUGGAAAUCAUCAAAACGAUUUGGUCCCUUUCCAAAACUAGCAGUCGCUGGGAUCCUUGGUUAUGCAGUGGGGAAAGCAUCUUAUGUUGAAACUUGUCGAAGCAAGUUCCAGGAGCUUGGCGUUGGGGAUGGACCAGGAUUUGGAUCCUAGUCUAAGGGAGGUCGCAUGGGACACAGAUCCUGCCACCAUGUGUGUGAAGAGUGUAAGAAAACGUCUCAAGCUGCACCUGCAGAGGAAGUGAAGAGCUAGAGGUAAAUGGAUCAUAUGAUGAUGGAGCUAUGAAAACAUACAGUACAUACAACUCUAUUAACAAUGGAUUAGUGCACAGUCUAUGAGUUAGCUAUAUAGUAACUAAUACAAACUACUGCUAAGUACUCAAACAUGUAAACUAUAGCAAAUCGUAAAGAAAAUGGCAAUUCACUUAUUAACUAAAAGUAAUACUGCAGUAUUUGAGUGCUGGUCCCUAUUUUCAUUGUAGAGUUUUGUACAUUGACUCACUGUACACACUGAAGGACUGAGUGUCAGCGUGGCUCUGUCAGUAGCAGCUUUAUUGUUUUCUUAAAUGUUAUAAAUACAGCUCAUAAUUUGUCUAAAGCAUCUGUUCUGACAUACUGUACCUGAUAUUCAUUCAUGUCAAACCAUGCACAAAGUCCCACUAGAGGGCGCUACUACACUUUCAAUCACAGAUCUUUUGUAAUGUAUGUCAUGUGGUUCAAUUAUCAGCUGCAACAGACUUUUGCACAACAACUAAAGAGAAAAAGACAUUGCCUAAUGUAUGAAACAAGUGUCUGUUUUGCUUUUGAUGAACAUGUUUAGAACCAAUUCGCACAAAUGUUAUUGUCAGUACAGUUUUUUAAAUAAUUGCAAUCAUCCUG